AUGGAACAGACAGAAGGGAACCCCUCUGAGGAUGGGACCACUGUCUCCCCAACUGCAGGGAAUCUUGCGACACCAGGAAGUCAAGGCACUGCAGAAGAGGUGGCCGAAGGCACUGCAGAAGAGGUGGCCGAAGGCACAGUUGGGACAAAUGACAAAGAAGAUCCUCCAGAUGGGGCAGAACAUUCGUGUAAAGCAGCAUCUGAGGGUGGUACAUCAGGGGGAUGCCCGGUGGAAGCAAGUAUAUUAGAGGAGCUCAAGACAGACUCGCAAGGGAAGGCCAGAGGGAAGGAGGAAGCCAAGGCUGACCUUGCCGAGGGGAAAGGUGGGAAGGAAGACACCACAGUGUCCUCUCAGGAAGACACCGGUAAGAAAGAAGAGACAAAACCUGAACCCAGUGAGGUUAUGGAGAAAGAGGAAGCCGUGCUGCCCUUGGAGAAGCAGAAGGUUGAUGAGAAAGAGACCAAUCUAGAAUCUAAGGAGAAAUCAGAUGUGAAUGAUAAGGCUGAGCCUGAAUCCCAGGAGGAUGCCGGAGCAGAGGUUACUGUCAAAGAGGCUGAGACUGAACCUCAAAAGAAGGCUGAUGUGAAAGACCAGGCCGAGCCUCAGCUUCAGGAAGUUGAUGGGAAAGAGGCCGGAAGUGACACAAAGGAGUUGGUGGAGCCAGGGAGUCCCACUGAAAAGCAGGAGGAACAAGGUAAGGAAAAUGAAUCAGAAGAAAGGGCAGCGGUGAUUCCCAGUUCCCCCGAGGACUGGCCCGAGAGCCCCACAGAUGAGGGGACCAGCCUCAGCCCAGAUGGGUUGGGUCCAGAGUCUACAGCAUCUGGAGAGACCAGUGCUUCAGCCAGUGAAUCUUCGCUCAGUGAGGCGCCGGAGAGCCCCACAGAGCCCCUCCCCUCGGAGAAAAAGAAGGAACGGGCACCAGAACGCAGGGUGUCGGCCCCCACCCGGCCCCGAGGGCCACGUGCACAGAAUCGGAAGGCCAUCGUGGACAAAUUUGGCGGGGCAGCCUCUGGCCCCACUGCACUGUUCCGGAACACAAAGGCAGCCGGGGCAGCCAUUGGUGGUGUUAAGAACAUGCUUUUGGAGUGGUGCCGGGCCAUGACGAGAAACUACGAGCACGUGGACAUCCAAAACUUCUCCUCCAGCUGGAGCAGCGGCAUGGCCUUCUGUGCCCUCAUCCACAAGUUUUUUCCAGAUGCCUUUGACUAUGCAGAGCUGGACCCAACAAAGCGCCGGCACAACUUCACGCUAGCUUUCUCUACUGCAGAGAAACUAGCCGACUGCGCCCAGCUGCUGGAGGUGGAUGACAUGGUGCGGCUGGCAGUGCCCGAUUCCAAGUGUGUCUACACUUACAUCCAGGAGCUAUACCGUAGCCUUGUACAGAAAGGGCUGGUGAAGACGAAAAAGAAGUGAAUGGCAAAGCCGUGCGGGAGAAGGAAGCGGGGACUGCGGCCGACCAUGGCCUCGAGGUGCUCUUAUGCCACCAGGCAUAAAACAGGUGGCACCAGCCUCAACGACAUUGAAAGUACUUCUGCAAAAUUCCUCUCAUUCCUUGCUGCUCCCCAAACGCACCCCAACCAGACACACAUACGUACUAGGCGGUGGCCAAAAAUAAAAAGAAACCUGCAUUCGCAGCCAUGUGUGGCAGUUUGCGCGG